AGAGACAGGGUUUCUCUGUAGCUUUGGAGCCUGUCCUGGAAACCAGCUUAGCUUUGUAGACCAGGCUGGCCUCGAGGUCCGCCUGAGUGCUGAGAAAAAUGUGCCCCCACCACCACCCUGCUUCUCUUGCCUUUAUAUUGUAACCCACUGAAUUCUGACCCCCCUCUGGGCCCUGCAGACUUGGUUCCCAGCAGAUCCACAUCAGUCUAUCCCUCCAUUUCACCUAAUUUGUGAACUCACCCUCACAUCUGGCAGUAACCUGCAAAUGGGGGCAUUGAAGUGGAACCAAGGACUCAACAGCUUCUCUCCACAGGGCUCCUUCGGUGGUAGCUGCCCCUUGUAUGGUGUGGCUGCCCUCAAUGGCUCCUCUCUGGCCUUGUCACAUCCCUCAGCCCCCUCUCUCUGCCACUUUGUAUCCCGGGCUUCAGGCCUCUUGGCCCUCUACUGCCUUCUGCUUCUCCUCUUCUGGGUCUACAGCAGCUGCAUCGAGGAUUCCCACAGAGGUUCCAUAGGGCUCCGAAUUGCUUUGGCCAUCUCAGCUAUUGCCAUCUUCCUGAUAUUAGUGUCUGCCUGUAUACUUCGAUUUGGCACCAGUUCUCUCUGCAAUUCCAUCAUCUCCUUGAACCAUACAAUUAGUUGCUCUGAAGCCCAGAAAUCCUCAUGGACACCCCCUGGAACUGCUGUGCAGUUUUACUCCAACCUACAAAACGCUGAAACCUCUUCUUGGGUGAAUCUGGUACUGUGGUGUCUGGCCUUGAUGCUCCAGGUCGUGCAGUGCAAGUCAAGUCACCCCAGAGCACAGCUCUGAGACCAGUGCUCUUAUUGGGUAAUGCCUGUCUUACUCCUGAAGAAUACUCAGUACUUUCUGCCGCCAGAAUCUCCGUGCUCAAGAGCUUUUAAUCUUCUUGUCUCAAUACAGCCCUAUUUGUACUGAGAACCACAUUUUUCCCUCCAGGAGGGAAACUAGAAUAAGUCCCCUCUGCUUUUUCACCUUAACAUUUUUUUUGUACCAAAAUAAUAUAUUACUUUUCUUCA